AUGUCAGCACCAACAGCACUAUCGACCUCAUCAAAAAUUUCCCCGUCUUUUCGACCUCCCGCCAUCUCUUUGCCCUUGGGCAACCCUUCCCACUUAUUCUAUUCCGACACUCUCAUCUCCCUCUCUCACUUGACUUGUGAUCACCACACCCUAAUAUCUCUCCUAUUCUCCCUCCACUCCAUAACACGUUACUCCUUCGCUGACACGCGAACACGUGACCUCCCACCUAUUUCCAACCUCCUCUUCUUUAUAUCCUCACUCCCCAAUCUUUUAUCUUCCUGUGUUACUCCUCCCCAUCCUACGCCUAAUUCUACUACUCUCCCUCACCUACACAUUGUCUUUGUAUUCUUUCUUUCUUAUGGAUUGCCCUUACCUCUCAAUCUUAACGUAUCUAAUCGCCACCCUUUUCUUUCAUUCUCACACGGGUUUUCUAAUCCUUUACCCCCACCUCUUCCGUCACCUUCCUUCUCAUUUUAA